CACUUUUGGCAAUUGCCCAAAUCUCCAUUCUAUCCCCACAAUCUACUCUCUCCUCCCCGACGCCGCCGACGCCAUGGCCAUAGCUUCCCACGCCGCCGUGUCCUCCCCUUUGUUCUCCUCUCCCCGUCUCCACCGUCAACUUUCCUGCAACGACGACGCCCGACGAGUCCCAACCCUAAAAGCGUCCCCUCUCCUCCGGAACCCUAACGUUCCCUUUCUCGUCCUUCGCCACUGCCGUCGGGGGGUUGGGAUCUCAUGCUCCGCGACGGCCAGUGAAAGCGGCGGAAACCAGCAGAAGGUCAAGAUCCGGCGGUCAGCGGAUGAGAACAUCCGCGAGGAGGCUCAUCGUCGCGAUGAGGCGAGCGGCUCGCAUGGUUUUUCGGCUUGCUACGUGCCCUUCAACGCCUCUGCUGAUUCCACCGAAACCUACUCCCUCGACGACGUGGUAUACCGUAGUCGCUCCGGCGGCCUCCUCGACGUCCGCCACGAUUUCGCUGCUCUGAAGCGCUUCCCGGGCUCCUACUGGCGUGAUCUCUUCGAUUCUCGCGUUGGCCGCACCACCUGGCCGUAUGGCUCCGGCGUCUGGUCCAAGAAAGAAUUUGUUCUCCCUGAGAUCGAUCCAGAUCACAUUGUCUCCCUCUUCGAGGGAAACUCGAACCUCUUCUGGGCCGAGCGUCUCGGCCGCGAUCACUUAGGCGGUAUGCCUGAUCUCUGGGUCAAGCAUUGUGGCAUCUCCCACACCGGUUCUUUUAAGGACCUCGGCAUGACCGUCCUCGUCAGCCAGGUUAAUCGCCUUCGCCGCGCUCCCCUCAACCGCCCGAUUGCCGGCGUUGGGUGCGCCUCCACUGGGGACACUUCUGCUGCCCUUUCGGCCUACUGUGCCGCCGCCAGGAUCCCCUCGAUUGUCUUCCUCCCUGCAGAUCGCAUAUCUCUCGCCCAGCUUGUCCAGCCGAUUGCCAACGGCGCCACAGUUCUCUCCAUCGACACGGAUUUUGACGGCUGCAUGCGCCUAAUCCGCGAAGUUACUGCCGAGCUCCCCAUCUACCUCGCUAACUCCCUCAACUCCCUCCGCCUCGAGGGCCAGAAGACUGCCGCCAUUGAGAUCCUGCAGCAGUUCGAUUGGGAAGUGCCAGACUGGGUCAUCGUCCCAGGCGGCAAUCUUGGCAACAUCUACGCCUUCUAUAAAGGCUUCGAGAUGUGCCGGGAGCUUGGACUGGUUGACCGUGUGCCGCGUCUCGUUUGUGCGCAGGCGGCCAACGCCAACCCUCUCUACCUGCAUUAUAAAUCUGGGUGGUCUGACUUCAAGCCGAUCGUUGCUGCAGACACAUUCGCAUCAGCUAUCCAAAUCGGUGAUCCGGUCUCCAUUGAUCGAGCUGUUUUCGCGCUCCAGGCAACGAAUGGCAUUGUCGAGGAGGCAACGGAGGAGGAACUUAUGGACGCCAUGUCCCUCGCUGACCGCACAGGCAUGUUUGCCUGCCCUCACACAGGAGUUGCUCUCGCGGCACUGUUCAAGCUGAGGGAGAAGGGAGUGAUUGAGACCAAAGACCGCACCAUAGUAGUUAGCACUGCGCAUGGCCUAAAAUUCGCACAGUCCAAAGUUGACUACCACUCCAAGGAGAUAUCAGACAUGGCUUGUCGAUUUUCAAAUCCACCAGUAAACGUGAAGGCUAAUUUUGGCUCUGUCAUGGAUGUCUUGAAGGAGAAGCUCAAUGUUAAGGUUGGCCUUUGAACAAUGUGAGUUAUCUCAAAUCUCAGAUUCAUUGGCUUUGAACUCCCUCCGUGUCUUAUUUUUCAGUAAGAAUUAUGAUCUAGUGCACCAAUGCUUUGAAAUCCCUAUUAUUUCUCAACUUAAAUGAUGAGGAGUCAGAUAACUGUAGGAUGCUAUUGAGGUGAGUUUCAUUGAGUUUGUGCCAGUAUGUUCUAAUAGCAUUAGCUUUGACUGAGUAUUAGGAUUGUUAUCGAUUUUGAGAUUGCUGAAUCACUUCUUUA